CUGUGCACUCUCAGGAAGUGGAGGGAAGUCGCUCUGUUUACGCUUCUCGGGUUAAGGCGAGAUUUAGUUUUCGAGCGAAGUCCGGCAAUUUCCCCACGAAAAUACUCGGCAGGGAAGCAGGUUGGUGUUUGCUGAGUGUUUAAUCGUCAUCCAUCGAGACCGCAGUGUGCCAGUCCGAGCGCCGCCCAGAGGAUGUCUCUGUCCCACCUGUACGGGAGGGGGGGCGAGGAGGAGGAGGAGGGUGUGGAGGUCGAGCGCUUCGAGGUGACGGAUUGGGACUUAGAGAACGAGUUCAACCCCGACCGGCGCCGGCACCGCCAGACCAAAGAGGAGGCGACAUACGGCGUGUGGGCCGAGCGCGACUCCGAUGACGAGCGACCCAGCUUUGGUGGGAAGAGGUCCAGGGACUACACUGCACCUGUCAGCUUCGUGAGCGCGGGGCUCCGGAAGAGCGCGGCCGAGGAGAGAGAACAGGAGGGAUCUGACGACUCAGAACCAGAGGCAGACCCUCCCCAGGCGCCCCCCCGGGAGUCAGCGCCCAGAAGGCUGCAGACGGGGGGGAACUUUAAGAGCUCCCAGAGGGCAUUUGGCAGUGGCACUCGUGGUGGGCAGGACCUGGGCACCUGGGAGAAACACACCCGUGGAAUUGGGCAGAAACUGCUGCAGAAGAUGGGCUACGUGCCAGGCAAAGGGCUGGGCAAGAAUGCACAGGGUAUUGUGAACCCCAUUGAGGCUAAGGUGCGCAAGGGCAAGGGGGCAGUGGGAGCUUAUGGCACAGAGAGGACCCAGCAGUCCCUGCAGGACUUCCCCAUCGUGGAUUCUGAGGAAGAGGAGGAAAAGGACUUCCAGCGGGAGCUGGGCCAGUGGCGCAGAGACCCAGGGGCUGGGAAGAAGAAGCCCAAAUACUCGUACCGAACGGUGGACGAGCUGAAGGCCCGGGGGCAGGCGGUGGGCAAGAGCAUGACUGCGCCCCCUGCGGAGCUGGCCCAGGUCAAGGUGAUUGAUAUGACAGGCCGUGAGCAGAAGGUCUAUUACAGCUACAGUCAGAUGAGCCAGAAGCACAGUGUUCCAGAGGAGCCGUCCCUUGGUGCCGCCCCCAAGGACCAGCGGAGUCCUGGCUUCGCACUUCCUGAGCUGGAGCACAACUUGCAGCUGCUGAUUGACCUCACGGAGCAGGAUAUUCUACAGAGCGCACGAAGGCUUCAGCACGAGCGGGACAUGGUGGUGUCUCUGUCUCAUGAGAGCGCCGCCCUAGAGGAGACACUGAAGCAGGAGCGUGUUGCCCUGGGGCGGCUGGAGCACGUGCUCGAGCUGGUUGAGAAAAGCGAGGAGGGCCAGGGCCAGGAUGGGCCGCUCACGCUGGAGGAGUGUGCGCAUAUCUUCGAGAAGCUGCAGUCCGACUACUAUCAGGAGUACAAGAUGCUCGGCCUCGCUGACCUCGCUGCUGCCGUGGUCCAUCCCCUGCUCAGGGAGGAAUUACGUGGCUGGGACCCCCUCAAGGAUGGGACACGGGGGCUGGAGGAGGUUGGCCGCUGGAGGGCAGUGUUGGAGUCAGGACAGCUGCCCCACAGCCGAGCAGAUAACCAGCUCAUGGACCCCUACCACAGGUUGCUGUGGGAGGUGUGGGUGCCCCUGGUGCGCAGUGCUGUGUCACAGUGGCAGCCCCGUAACGUCGGCCCCAUGGUGGACUUUUUGGAUAGCUGGGCACCUCUACUGCCCAUCUGGAUCCUGGACAACAUCCUGGAGACGCUCAUCUUCCCCAAGCUGCAGAGGGAGGUGGAGAGCUGGAACCCACUGACAGACACGGUGCCCAUCCACUCCUGGCUGCACCCCUGGCUGCCCCUCCUGCAGGGGCGCUUGGAGCCUCUGUACCCCCCAAUCCGAAGCAAGCUGGCGAGCGCCCUGCAGCGCUGGCACCCCAGCGACGGAUCUGCCCGCCUCAUCCUGCAGCCCUGGAAGGACGUCUUCACGCCAGGCGCCUGGGAGGCCUUCAUGGUGAAGAACAUCGUCCCCAAACUGGCACUCUGUCUCAGCGAACUGGUCGUGAACCCCCACCAGCAGCUCAUGGACCCCCUGUACUGGGUACUGGACUGGGAGGGAAUGCUGUCGCUGUCCUGCCUGGUCAGCCUGCUGGACAAGCACUUCUUCCCCAAGUGGCUACAGGUGCUGUGCUCCUGGCUCAGUAACAGUCCGAACUACGAGGAGAUCACACGCUGGUACCUGGGCUGGAAGUCUGUCUUUUCCGACGCUGUUCUUGCACAACCAGUCAUCAAGGAGAAGUUCAACGAGGCGCUGGACAUCAUGAACCGCGCAGUUUCCUCUGGCAUUGGUGUGUACCAGCAACCUGGGGCCAGGGAGAACAUCGCGUACCUGACACACACUGAGCGCCGCAAGGACUUCCAGUACGAGGCGCUGCAGGAGCGCCGGGAGGCGGAGAGCGUGGCGCAGAGGGGCAUCGGGGCCGCGGCCGUGCCAACCAACUUCAAGGACCUAAUCCAGGCCAAAGCCGAGGAGCACAACAUCGUCUUUAUGCCCCUGGUGGGGAAGCGCCACGAGGGCAAGCAGCUGUACACUUUCGGGCGCAUUGUCAUCUACAUCGACCGUGGCGUGGUGUUCGUGCAGGGGGAGAAGACCUGGGUGCCCACCUCCCUGCAGAGCCUCAUUGACAUGGCCAGGUGAGGGGGGGCCACGGCCCGUUCCUGCAUCAGCCAGCACGGGGCAAGCGGCCAGGUGGGGUGGGAGGAGAAGGAUGCACCACUGUUUUGUUCAAAUAAAAUUGUAAUAUUUUCUCACC